CACAUGGGCGAACCUGCAGUGUGAGCCUGCUCGUUCCACUGGAACACAGUUAAGCCAAGUUCCUCCCAGCUCUUCUGCCCCACCCCUUGCACGUAGACAUUUCUUGAAGAGAGGAACAGCUCACGGAAAGGACUAGGGAGAUAAAGGAAUAAAGAGCACUCCAAAGAUCAAGGAAUUCCACCCGCAUAGCUGAAGAGUUCUGUGAUUGGCUGAGAGUGAACCAGGCAGUGGAACGGCCCACUUCCCCCACUCCAGUGGUGGCAGUCUUUCUGCAGAGCUUUUUUCCCCCUUUUUCUGCCCCAACCACGAGGGCGUGUGAGCUGCCUGGGCCUGAACAGAAGUCUUUUAUUUACUGCUUUCCCAGGCUGUCCGAAGCAAGCUGGUAUGCUGUGGAAAAAGCCAGAGAUAAGACACUGGUCAGUGGGCUGGCAGUCUUCUCUGACACAGGAGGAGGAGACAGUUGUGUAGGGAAGAAAGAGUGGCUUUGCUGGCUCUCCUCACUCAGCUGUCAGCUGUAUUUCAGCUAUUCCACUGCAGAACACUGAGGGAGCUCUCUGUGUGAAGGAGCUGGACAUGUUUUCUGUCACUGCCAUGAGGCUUCGGCAUAGAGCCCCAAGAUGCUGGGACAGCCAUCGUGCCAUAGCGACUGUCAUCUCAGGCAACAAGACCUCACAGUGAGUUGGAGCAUCCUUGAACAUGGUUUAGCCUGCUACUGUUUAAAUGAAAUAGUUAUUGUUUAUUAAAGUCACAAGGUGCAGGUUUCCAGACACACCGUCUAAUUAGUGGAUUUUGUUUCUUUAAAGUGCACUUACUGGUCACACAGCUGUUCAGUUGCCCAUAUAGUAUAAUAAUAUAUGCAUGUGCUCCAUACUGUGGAACAGUUUUAAAUCAAGGCUAAAACAUGCUGUUUUGGUCUGUCUUUAAUCUUACACAGUGUAUAUGCAUUAUUUCAUAGUAACUAAUGUGUCUUAUUUUUUCAAAUUUGAUGCCAAAGAAAGAUUUUAUUUUUCAUUUUAAAAGCAGUGAACAGUGUCUACUGAAGGUGUACUGUAGUGCUAACGUUAGUGAUAUUACUGAUAUUGCCACAUCAGCGUUAAGACAACAGUAACAUAGCAACAGCAUGUAAGCAGCUGGGCUUCAGGCUUAACCUACAGAUGACUUGAAGGGUCAAAUAAGGAAAAUUCAUUUAAGGCAGUAGAAAAAAAUAUAUACUUAUAUAUCCAUGUGAUGGCAGUAUUUGUAUGUAUAUAUGUAUGUAUGAAUAUAUACAGCCAUUACAUAUAUUUAAUAAAGUCCAUCAGCAGCAAGCAUGAUUUAACAUUUAAAAUGGACUGGACGUUGAUUUACAUAAAAUCGCUACUAAUUAUUUUGAUAUUAUUUGUAUUUAUUGUAAAAUUAGUAUUUUUCUGAUCAAAUAAACAUUUACUGCUCAGACUAUAAAACCUUCUGCACACCUUAAUGAAAGUAUUAAGUUAACACAACUUAAAUUCUACAGAGCUGGAGUACCUUAAUCUGAAAAAUUCAAACCAGCUCAAAAUUGAAUUGUUGAGAUAGUAGCUUAUAACUUAUCAUUUUUAGCGUAUUUUGAGUUAAGGUAACUUUAAUGAAAUGUAUUAUUUUCACUAUUUGUAUUUAAGUUAACUUUACAUGCGAAUACAAACAGGCCAAUAAUGGGUUGUUUUUGAAGAUUAUUGAAAAUUUUAUGCAGCUGGAUUGUUUUCCCCUCUUCUACCUAUACAUGCACACAUAUGUCAAUGACUGUUUACUCCAUAUAUUAGUCCUAGGUUCAGCCUGUUCAGAAAAAAGUCAUGGUUUCCAAACCAAAACCAUUUUCCAUACCAUGUGUGUGUUAUCAUUCUCCCUGGCCUACUUUUUCUGGGGUGUCUGUUUUGUUUCUUAUUUUUUGUGAUUCUUCUCACUCAGUACUGAUUGAAAAUCAGUGUUGAGGAAGCUGAGGUGUCAAGUUCCCACCUGCUGACUGCAGUUCUGUGGUGGCUGAAUGCUACAGAAACUACAUCUGGACUCUGCAAACUACAGAUGCUACAGAAACUACAUCUGGACUCUGGAGUCUGCAAUAUCUAUUAUCACCAUAUUUCUGCAAUACAAUAUGAAUUUGUUACAAGAAUAGCCUAGUUUAGCCAAGCAGUAAAUUUAAUUUACAAGUACUUAAUUGUAUUGAGUUAAUACAACUAUUGCAUAUUCAUAUACACAAGUCCAAAAUACUCAAUCAUUCUAAGAUUAACACAGUGACUGGAGUUGGUACAGUUUGCUCAAUUUACUUAAGUGGAUACAACAAUAAAUAUAUUUUGCUUAUACUCAUAUAUACUUAUAUAUAAUUAAAUAUAUGAUAAUAACCGAUAUAAGUAUACUGAUAUACUUAUAUUGGUUUCCUCAAACUAUUUAAGUUUACUUUUUUAAAUAAAAUUUUCUCAGGUGCCUAAAAUGUUUGCACAGUACUGUUUGUAUGGUAUGAGUGUGUGUGUGUGUGUGUUUAUUUGUAAUGUUUUCAUAUUGUUCUGUGUUUUAAUUCUACAUGUUGUAUUUACUGUUUUAUAUUUUGUAAAGACAGGUGAGGGAGCGUCUGAAGAAGGAUGUGGCAGAGAUGAAGAGCCAUCUGCCUGGUUUUAGACCAGGCUUAGUUGUACUGCAAGUUGGAGACAGAGAAGACUCAAACCUCUACAUUAGUAUGAAGCUGAAGGCGGCAGCUGAUGUAGAUUGGAAUUGAUGCCAACCACAUUAGGCUUCCAAAGACUGCCACAGAAGAUGAGGUGCUGUGGAACAUAGAAGCAGUAAAUGAUAACCCUGCGGUCCAUGGUCUCAUUGUCCAGUUACCUCUGGACUCCAUCAACCCCAUAGACACAGAGAAAGUGACCAAUGCAGUGUCUCCAGAGAAAGAUGUGGAUGGUCUGAGCAGUAUAAAUGCAGGGAAACUGGCUCGUGGAGACCUAAGGAGCUGUUUCAUCCCCUGUACUCCCAAUGGCUGCAUGGAACUCAUCAAGCAGACUGGUGUGUCAGUGUCUGGCAAGAAUGUGGUGGUGAUUGGACGCAGUAAGAUUGUUGGAGCUCCCAUGCACGAUCUGCUCCUGUGGAACCAUGCCACUGUGACCAGCUGUCACUCCAAGACUUCAGACCUCGCUGCACAAGUGGGAAGGGCAGACAUCUUGGUUGUGGGGGCUGGCAAAGCAGAACUAGUGAAAGGAGAAUGGGUUAAAAAGGGUGCAGUGGUCAUUGACUGUGGCAUCAAUCAUAUCCCAGACAGCAGGAAGCCGGGGGGGAAACGGGUAGUUGGGGACGUACAAUACCUGUCAGCUAAGGAGCGCGCGGGGUACAUCACCCCUGUUCCUGGAGGAGUGGGGCCGAUGACUGUUGUCAUGCUGAUGGAGAAUACAGUCAAGAGUGCUAAGCGAUUUCUGCAGAUGUACAAGCCUGGGAAGUGGAAUAUUUCCUACACAAAGCUAAAGCCGCUUAAACCCCAGCCAAGUGAUGUCCAAAUCUCUCGCUUAUACCCAAGAAAUCCGAUUGGUCAGCUUGCCAAAGAAGUGGGCCUCCUCUCAAAGGAGGUAGAGCCGUACGGCAGGAGCAGGCUAAAAGUGCGAGUGGAAGUCCUAAAACGCUUGGAUAAACAACCUAAUGGGAAAUAUGUGCUGGUCACUGGAAUUACGCCUACUCAACUUGGUGAAGGCCAGAGCACCAUCACACUCGGGUUGGCACAAGCUUUAGGAGCCCACCUGGACAUCAAUGCUUUUGCCUCUGUACAACAGCCAUCCCCACAAUCCAGUUUUGGUAUCAAAGGUUGUGCUGUUGGAGGUGGAUAUUCGCAAAUCAUACCGAUGGAGGAGGUCAGUCUUCAGCCCUCAGGUGACAGCGAGGCUGUUUCUGCUGCCAGCAGCCUGGUGGUGGACACUAUCAAAGCAUACUGUCACUACCAGACCAAGUACUCUGACAAGGUUUUAUUUGACCUCCUGGUGCCAUUCAGAGAUGGUCAUCGAUCCUUUUCACCUUCCCAGCUCAGUAGGCUACAGAAACUAGGCAUUGAGAAAUCUGAUCCCUUGACCCUGACUGAACAAGAGAUAAGACGUUUCAUCCGAUUGGACGUUAACCCAGACAUUAAUGCCAGAACGGAUUUUGCCUCCCUGAAGAAUGAGAUCAUGGCCAUACUGUCUCUGAGCAGCAGUGCAGAGGACCUUCAGAACAGACUGGCCAAGAUGGUGGUGGCUAUCAGCAGAUCUGAAGAGCUCAUUACCACAGAGGACCUGGGUGUUAGUGGUGCCCUAGCCCUGCUGUUGAACAAUGCCCUGAAGCCUUGCUUGAUGCAGACUUUGGAGGGGACCCCAGUGUUUGUUCACACUAGCCCAUCUGCUGAUAUCGCCUAUGGCAAUGCGUCCGUCGUGACAGACAAAAUAGCUCUAAAAUUGGUGGGCCCACAGGGCUUUGUGGUCACGGAGACUGUGCACAGUGCUGACACUGACAUGGAGAAAUUCUUCAACAUCAAGUGCCGCUCGUCAGGCCUGCAGCCAGAUGUGGUGGUGUUGGUGGCUACUGUCCGUGCCCUCAAGAUGCAUGGGGGUGGCCCUGGGGUCACAGCAGGCUUUCCAUUGCCUAAACAGUAUUCAGAGGAGAACCUGAAGUUGCUGGAGAAAGGUUGUGCUCAUCUGAAGGGACAAGUGGAGAAUGCCAGAGCAUAUGGUUUGCCAGUCGUGGUGGCUGUCAACACCUUCAGUUCUGACACAAAGGCUGAGCUGGAGCUGGUGUGUAGCCAGGCGAGGCAGGCUGGGGCAUUUGAUGCAGUGCUCUGCACUAACUGGUCUGAUGGGGGAGCUGGAGCACUUGCCCUGGCACAAGCUGUUCAGAAAGCAGCAGAGCUACCAAGCCCAUUUCAUUACCUGUAUGACCUGGAGCUGCCAAUCAUAAAGAAGAUUCAGAGGGUGGCGCAGAAGAUUUAUGGUGCUAAGGACGUGGAGCUCUCACCAAAAGCCAAAGAGAAACUGGCACUUUACAUGAAACAGGGCUUUGGGAAUUUUCCAGUGUGCAUAAUGAAGACCCAGUCAUCCUUGGGUAAUGAUCCAGAGAUGAAAGUGGUGCCUACGGACUUUACCUUGCCGAUUGCAGACAUCCAGGCCUUUGUGGGAGCAGGCUUUCUCUCCCUUCUGGCAGUUACAAAAAAUGACUGCUCUGAAGAUCCCGCAUGGCCCUGUUUUCAUGGCAACAAUGACCUGUAUAGUAACAGCCAGUAGCUGCACUGUACUGGGUUGCACCUGAAGUCAGUGUGACAGUAUCCAGUUUAAAUAUGAAGUCUUUUUGUGACCCUGUAUGAAGACUGUAGUUGCAGUCCGCACGAUUGUAUUUGAUGUGUCUGUGCCUGUACUGGUCCAUGUAAAAUUAAAGUUGACCUUUUUCCAAGAAAAUGUCA